AUGCCUGGAGCCAGGGCUAACCUCGCUCUCUUCCUCUGCCACCUGGUCGCCGUGGGUGCCCAGGCCAGCCAGCGCCCGGUGGACCAGUGUGAUGCAGACGACUGCUACGUGGCUGCUGUGUACGAGCACGCAUCCGUCCUGAGCGCUGACCCUGGAGUCCUCGUCAGCCGACAGCAGGCCUUGGAGCUGAUGAGCCAGAAUCUGGACGUCUACGAGCAGCAAGUGACGGCCGCGGCACAGAAGGGCGCACAGAUCAUAGUGUUUCCAGAAGACGGCAUCCACGGGUUCAACUUCACCAGAACGUCCAUUUACCCGUUUCUGGACUUCACGCCAUGCCCGCGGUCGGUGCGGUGGAACCCAUGCCUGGAGCCCCACCGGUUCAAUGACACGGAGGUCCUCCGGCGCCUGAGCUGCAUGGCCCUCAGGGGGGACAUGUUCCUGGUGGCCAACCUGGGGACAAAGGAGCCCUGUCAGCGGGCCGACCCCGGGUGCCCUCGCGACGGCAGGUACCAAUUUAACACAAACGUCGUGUUUAGGGCCGACGGGACCCUAGUGGCCCGCUACCGCAAACACAACCUGUACUUCGAGGCGGCUUUUGACAGCCCUCCGCAGGUGGACCACGUCACCUUUGACACACCUUUCGCCGGCAAGUUUGGUGUCUUCACCUGCUUUGACAUCUUGUUCCGGGAGCCUGGCAUCCGCCUCCUCGAGGCCUCGGGGGUGAGGCACAUGGUGUACCCCACUGCCUGGAUGAACCAGCUCCCGCUCCUGGCCGCUGUCCAGAUCCAGCAAGGCUUUGCCGUGGCCCUGGGCAUCAACCUGCUGGCGGCCAACGUCCACCAGCCCUCCCUGGGCAUGACCGGCAGCGGCGUGCACACCCCUCAGCGCUCCUUUUGGUACCAUGACAUGGACAGUCCCGGGGGGCACCUGAUCGUUGCCCGGAUAGCCAGAGACCCCGUGGGCAUCCACGGUGCAGAGGACACGACAGCUGAGCCGGGUCCGACCCACGCAGAGUUCCUGAAGCUCGUGACUAGCGCCCCGUUCUGUGAGAAGGAUGCCCAGGCAGUGCACUGUGGGGGCGCCCCUGGGCAGAGCACGGACGAUGUCCCCACCUUCCACGCCACAAUGAUGUAUGACAACUUCACGCUGGUCCCCGUGCGGGGCCGGGAAGGCCAGCUCCGCGUGUGCGCCCCCGGCCUCUGCUGCUCCCUGCUCUACCGCAGGCCCCACGUGUCCCCCGAGCUGUACGCCCUGGGGGUCUUCGACGGGCUCCACACUGUGCACGGCACCUACUACGUGCAGGUCUGCGCCCUGGUCAAGUGCGGUGGGCCCGGCCCUGACACCUGCAGGCAGGAGGUCACACAGGCCGAGGGGCUCUUUGACUUCCACCUCUGGGGCAACUUCACCACGUCCUAUGUCUUCCCCCUGUUCCUGACCUCAGGGGUGACCCUGGGGACCCCCGACCAGAUCGGCUGGGAGAAGGGUCAGUACUUCAUGAGGAAGAGUGGGCUGUCCUCAGGCCUGGUCACAGCGGCUCUCUAUGGGCGCGUGUACGACAGGGACUAG